AUGUAUUGGGCUUCAUAUGAAGCAAGGCUUUCAAAAUGUAGAGAAGAAGCUGGUGGAAAAUGGAGGCGGCAGAGGCAUCGAAAAGACCCGCCUGACUACUCAACUCAUUUCCCUCGGAUAGGCAGGGAACCUAUAGAUUUGUCCACGAGGAAAUUGAGAGGCUCACCACCAUCUUAUUCUCAAACGAUUGCUAACCAAAAGCAAGCAAGAACCACUGUCAUUACCACAAAUACUUCAAAUCGAACAGUUACAGAUUGUGGUGGAGUUUGUGACCCAAUGAUUGACGAACAUUUCAGGAGGUCACUUGGUAAAGAUUACCUUAGUUCUGCAGAGGAAGGUGAUACCAGUGAUUCUUUCGAAAAAACAGAUACUUCUUCACUUUCUGUUGAUGACCAUUUUGCAAAAGCUCUUGGGAUCACAGAAGACCAUUGGAGGAAGCUACAGAAUGAAACUGAAGGAAAUAAGCCUGACAGUGAAGAAAUAAGGAGGUCUUAGACUUUACACAGUACCAUAUUCACUUUUAGCUCAGAGAUUUAGAUGUACACUUUUUCCCCCUGACCAAUGGCGUAUUACCAUGGCUACACACUCCAUCCAAUAUGUGUUUCUGAAAUGUUUAUAGUUGUAAAGAAUUAGUCAAUCCAUAUCAUUUCAAAAACAAAAUGGUUGUUUUUGGAUAGUAUAAUGUAACAAAAAAAUGUGUUUUUAAAUUCAAUCGGAUAAACAUUUUAAUUCCUUAACCUUCGAGAAGGCUUUUUUUAAGUAUCUACUUGAAGUAAUUUUUUUUUUUCAUCUUUUUACUGUAGCUUUAAAAAAAAAAAAUUAAAUAAAGUACUUCAUUCUUAUUUUUGUUCUAGUUUUCCUUAAAAUAAGGAGCCUUAUUUAUUUAAAAAAGAGGGAAAUGAAAUUAUUGCUGUAGUAGGUUCUUUUCAUAUAAAAUGAAGAACAAGAUUACAUUUCUAUGAGUUAACUCUGUAUCACAUUUAUUCUUAUAAAGAAAUGUUUAUAUUCUUUGCUUAAGGGAGAAAAAUACUUUAUUAAUUCGUAAUAUUUCCCAAAUGCAUUUGAUAUCAUAUCAACCAUUGUAUUAUAACACAAUAUUGAUUAUAAAAUCAGUUUCAAUGAACGUGACAGCUUUGAUAUUUUGGUCCUAUUUUCUUUUCAAUUGCUGAUAUUUUGUAACUUAUUUCUUGUAUUUUUUUCUGUGAUAUAAAAUUGCUCUGAGUAGCUCAGUAAGUAAAGUAAUAUGCAGCUGUCCUCUCACUUGCCCAGGAUCCAGUCUGGUUAUGAUGUAUAAUUAUUUAUUUUGUUGCAUCAGCUGUGGAUCAAACUGGGCACACCUAGCCUCUAUAAAGUUAGUUCUCUUAAUUGAAGAGAAAACCUGGCAGUUAAGCGUGAUUCUGACCUAAUGACCUUGCACAAUGUGCCUGGAAGUAGUACUCUCUUAUUAAAUACUGAACCCAAGAUUAUUCCUAUGUUGCAGGAAUAUAAAUUGUUUAUUAAUAUUUUUAAUUUGCUGUUAUAAUUUAUUACCCCCACUAGUAAUGUUUAGAACAGAGGAUAAGAAGGUAUGAAAUUCUUUUGUCUUAUGAACCUAAUUUUCUAUUGCCUUGCAUGAAUGACCAUCACAGCGUAUAAAUUUUUGCUUCAUUUAAGAAAUCUUAAUUUUUGUGUGAUGGCUGUUUCUAUAAAUAGAUUAAAUACCUUUUUGUCAUUGAUGACUCUUGAGGGUAAUUUUCUUCAGAAAUUGCAUUCAUUGUGCAGUGUAGGUAAUUAUAUUUUAGUAUGGGAUUCUUAUAUUUUCCUUGUUAUGAGACACAAUUCUGCACUUCUUGAAAUUAAAACUUCCCAAGUUUUUGAGAAAAAAGUUAAAACAAUAUCUUUUCUCUUGUGAUGUGAGUGUAAUGUAUCUUAUAUUCUCAAUUGCCCAAUCGAAGGUUAAAUGAAUGUAAUAAUUUUACAUAUAAUAUUAGUAAUGUUAAAAUGAAACUAGAUAAAGAUACUAUUGAUUUAAUGAAUACAUAAAUAAUUGUAUGUUUACAAUUAUAUAAUAUUUCUUUUCUAUGUUAAAAACUUACAUGUCUCUCUUUAUUGUUAGUAACUAUGUAUGUUUACAAAAUGGAAUAAAUAUAAAUUAAAUUAAAGAUUGAAUUAAUUAGAUUAGUCAUUUGUAUUGUGCAAUAAAAUUUCUUUUAUUCUUUAUCUCUAUGGAAAGCAUUUAAAAGACUAAAAUAAAUUGUUUGUUUUGUAUAAUAUUUCUUUAAUAAAAUUAAGUUAUGAAAUUUCAUUUUUAAAUAAAAAUUAUCAACUUUUUUUUUGGUUUUGUGGGUUUACAUUCAGUAUAUGGCUGAUUUUCUUUUUUAAUCCAAAUAAAUAACUUUAUUUGAUGGUCUUAUAAGUAUUAUAUAAUUUACUUAUACAUAUAUAAGGUCAUGUAAAGUAUUAAAAAUAUUGUAUUUGUUUAAUUGUCAGUGCGCUAUGACUUUGCUACAAAGUUUUGUUUGCAGUAAUUAUGCUUCAAUAAUUAAUCAAUCUAUGAUUGAUAUUAAUGAUUGGAUACCCAUUAAACUUAUCAGGAUCGUGUAUUUUAUAUACUAGUUUAAUAUUACUAUAAUUUAUCAUUGUAUCAUAUUGAAUGCAAUAGUUCUAAAUAUUUCUUUGCUCUUCUGAAUGUCUAGGAUUAAUAAAUUUAUACCAAUAUAUUAGGGUGUCACAUAAGUUUCUUCCUUUUUUUUAAUGUGAAAUCAAUAGACAAUAUUUGUUGUUUAAGGUUGAUUUACUGUGUUAUAUAUGAACCGGUUCUCCUCACAUAUUGGUAGAAUGAGGUAGAAUGUUCCAAUAAAACUGUAUCUCUGACCGAAUGUUGUAUUGGCGGUAAGAUAAAAAUUUACAGUUUGAUUGGGACCUCCUACUUAUUCCUCCGUACUCCCCAGACCUUGUCCCAUUCGAUUAAUGCUGGUUUUUCUCAUUAAAAUAACCUCUCUGUGAUAAAUUUCACAAAUCCAAAAACGAAAUAAAAACGCACCUCAAUGAAUAUUUUGGAAGUAAGUCUCAACAAUUUUAGAAAGACGGUAUAAUGAUGUUUACAGAGAGAUGGAAGAAGGUAACAGAGCAAAACAGUUCAUAUAUCACAGUAAAACAACCUUAAACAACAAAUAUCAUCUAUAUAUUUUGCAUAAAAAAAAAAAGGAGAACUUAUGGGACAUCCUAAUAUUUUAUUUAUGUAAUUAUAUGUGUAAACUUAUGUAAGACUACUUAGGUUUAUAUGAAAACAAAUUGUUUAACAAAGCUCAGGGUUAUAUUUUCUCUUUAGAGGACUUAUUUAAUUUAAAAUAAAAAUAAAAAAAAUAUUAUUUAAAUGAAAUUUCAUUGAACUUUAUAAUGACAAAUCCUGACAAAUAGUUGAAAUUUCAUUAAACUUAAUUUAGUAACAUUUUAUGUUACUAAAUUAAGUCCAUAAAGUAUUUUAUGGACUUACUUAAUGUUUAUGAAAUAUUGAUUAUUGAUCUGCAGCCUUUUAGGGCUGGAGUGUCAUGUUUUGGAAAUACGUCUUUGUUUUUAGUUAAUGAAAUCAGAUUAUUUUCAAAAAGAUUAUAUACGUACAUAAUGUAGAUUAUUUAUUAUAGUUAAGGACAUGUACAUGAACACUAUCUUAUUUUUAUUUAAUUUUUUUUUUUUCAUAAAAAUUACUGUAAGGAGCUUUAUUUUUAUUUGAAUCUACAUUUUCUAUUGUUUAUAAUGUAUAUAUAGUGUUAUA